UCUCCGAGGGGACGAUGGGUUCGACACUGCUGACACUUCGGGGUCGAAGUGAAAGCUGCUGGUAAACUUCCCAAGGAUGGACACGAAUCGGACACUUUUUCGACUGUGCAGUUUUCCGGGGUGUAGAUAGUCUGCUUACAAUACCUCAAUCACUUUUAAGCAGCACGUCACGAUGAAGCAAAUGAAGCUACUUCACCAUCCAAAGAGCGUCACCGAUGAUCUUAUCAUCAAUUCGAAAGAUUUUCCGGGAUUGAAGAGCGGAGACAUUGUGGAAAUCUACCUGCCUGACGACACUUACAGUCGCUUAUUGCUCCAAGUUACAACACUGAAAGAAGACCUCCAGAAAGACUCUAUCAGUGUAGAGCAAAGCCUUGCUACUACCUUCCAACUGAAGCCCUAUUCUGAUGUCAUUGUCAAUGUGGUUAAUCCAAAGGUUGUGGCUUUGGACUCGGUGGAGCUCAUUUUCAAGGACCACUAUCUGGCACGAAGCGACAUGUGGCGCUGGAAGCAGGCAAUGGUCAACACAUGCGUGUACCCAAAGAAACCCAUCGUCAUUCACUCGGCCAGCCGCCUCCAGGUGUGCGAGAUGUGGGCCCACGGGGAGCAGGUGGCCUCGGGGGUGAUCACUGAGGACACCAAGAUCGUGUACCGGUCGGCCAGCAGCAUGGUCUACCUCUUCCUCCAGAUGAGCUCAGAGAUGUGGGACUUCGACAUCAACGGAGACCUCUACUUUGAGAAGGCGGUCAACGGGUUUCUCUGCGACCUCAUCGCCAGGUGGAAGGACAUGAAAUGCAACCACGACGUGAACAUUGUGCUGUUCUCCCGCGUGUUCUACGAGGCUAAAAGUAUGGACCAGUUUCCUCCGCACAUGGCCGGCUGCGUUCAGGUGGACUACAAGGGACGCUUUUACGAGGACUUUUACAGGGUAGCGGUGCAGAACGAGCGCAUUGACGACUGGACCCAAACACUGCGGCUGCUAAAGACCUACUUCAGCAAGUACCCCAAGCAGAUCCUGGAGUACCACAACAGGCCGGACAUCAAGGUGCCCACGGCAGUCAUCUCAACGGCAUCUCAGGGCAACUUCCUACAAGUCCUCAACAUGUCCCUUAAUGUUUUUGAGAAGCACUUCAUGGACAGAAGUUUCGACCGUACCGGCCAGAUCAGCGUGGUCAUCACUCCAGGUGUUGGCGUCUUUGAGGUGGAUCGUGACCUCACCAACAUCACCAAGCAGCGUAUCAUUGACAAUGGUAUAGGAAGUGACCUUGUGUGCCUUGGAGAGCAGCCCCUUCAUGCUGUUCCUCUUUUCAAGUUUCAGUCAAAAAACCCUGCUGGCCUAGACAUGAAGGAUGACUACAACAUGCCUCACUGGAUUAACUUAAGUUUUUACUCAACCACUAGUGCACAGUCAUACUCCAAGUUCGUGCCUCGCAUCAAGCUUCCAACACCGCAGCCAAAGCCCAGUCAAGUGAAAGCUCUCGGCACUGGAAUGUAUGCCUGCAGAAGCCAGCCAACCAUCAGGGCAACUGACUGUAUCUCCGUUGUUUACGAUUAUGAUGAAUAUGAUGCCAACAUCUUCAAGGGAUGCUCUCCUAGUCAACUGGGCCCCAAGAUGAGCACCCUGCAGAGAGCAAACGUUCGGCGACGCUCGCACCUCGUCACGCCUCCGCGGCCCCUGAACCAAGACGACGUGUUUGGCGCGGACACGGCCACCUCGUCUCCCACCUACUCCAACGGGUCAUCGCACUCUCGUUCGGGAGCCAUCUCCAUCCCUCGGAGGAGCGCGUCUUCCUACGGCAGCUCGCUGUCGUCCACCCACGGAAACGACGGGGGCGCCUGCAUUCCACCGGAGCCGGAGAGGCCCCGGGCGACGAAGGACGACAUGGAGUUUGUCACCUCUCCCCCGCACCGCACGGUGGUGGGCAGCGCCGGACACGUGCCGGAGAACGUGCUGCAGGAAAAGCGGAGGAGCCAGCAGCAGCCCAGGGCCCUCAUCAACCCUUUCGACCCCUCCCAGGUCACCAUCAAGUUGACAUCCAACAGGAGGCGCUGGACGCACGUCUUUCCCCUUGGUCCCACGGGCAUCUUCAUGCAGCAGCAUCACUACCAAGCCAUUCCGCAGAGCUCGAGCAGGUCCAAUAACCUCUGCCAAGUGCCCACCUUGCCGGAGAGGCCUCAGGCGACCGACCUUGUCAAGAGGCACGCCAAGGAUGCUUCAGUCAGAUCUAGGGCCCUGUUUGGAUCAUCCCUGGGCAACGAGACCCCAAUCGUGGAAACGGGACACAGCUGGCUCUGGGGAACCACGGGCGAGCAGGAGUGGACGCCCGCCCUCACCACGGGGGUAGACUGGAAGAGCCUGGUGAUUCCUGCCUGCCUGCCUGUCACCACAGACUUCUUUCCCGACAGGCAUAGCCUGCAGUAUGACUACGUUAUGUCGGAGUAUGGGCUGCUCUCCGAAGAGCGUAGCACAGAGAUCACCCAGAGCAGGUGUUACAGGGGAGAUGAGGACUACAAGCACCACAAACCCCUGACCACUGAGCAGGUUUACCAAGAGCUAGUUUGUCAGCGUUUGCAGCAGGGGUUCCAGAUAAUCAAACUUCCGCCAAAACCGCAUUCAGCCAACGGAGCCCAGAACGGUCCUGGUCAUAGUGUGCUGCGAGGACACACUCCACACAAUGAAGAAAAGCAGGAGGAAUGUCGCAUGAGUAUCGGCAGGAUCUUUCACACCAUAUCGCUGAGUGGACCGGUCAUCACUGUCACUCAGUACAGGCCACGGCACGCCUCGCGUGAGGUGAAGCCCAUCCUCUAUGUGUACAACCUGCAGGCUCCGGGCAGCGAUUCGUAUGACCUUUCCAAGGUGAUCUUCUCCAGCGAGAAGCUGGAGACCUUCAACUGGAGCUACCUCGACCACUACAUCUGCAUUCGAGGGGAGCGAGAAUAUGGCCUCAAGGAGACCCUCAAGUAUUGGCGCCUGCGGAUGCUGGUGCUGCCGGGCUCUCAGGCGGCCACCCGCAAGAUCAUAGAGGCCAAGGACUCGAGGUGCAGGUGCGACAUCUAUCCCGACUUCACCACCGACGACGAGACUGCCCAGCGGGAGGCCUUUCUCAAGUUCCUCGAGAUCAUGAACAGGAUACGCAGGCCACUCAGCACCAAGCGCUCCAAGUCUGUGGGUGCCUGGGGCCGCGCUGCCAGGGGUCCGCUGCGUCUCAGCAUGAGUCACCAGGGCUCCCCGCAGCUGGCGUCCCCGCAGUCGGGCUCAGCAGCGGCCUACUCGACGGGGGCCUUCCGCAACCGCGUGAGCAGCAACCGCAUCCACGACCGGCCCAGGGGCCACCACCUGGAACACCUGCGGGUCGAUUCUGCUCUCGCGGGAAAGGCCUCCGCGCCUGUGGAUGCGGACUCCAAGAGUGGUGGAUCUAACUCCUCGUUGGAAGCCAUGCAAGAGUCGACGGGUGCGGAGACUGCAGAGGAGAAGAUCCAAAGUGACAUCAAGUGCCUGACGAUGUCCACUCUAUCAGCUGAAAUUGUGGAGGCUAUGAAGCAUGCAAGUGAGGGCAUCUGCUUCCUUCCAAAGCAAGGCGGUGUACCGCAGCACUCCUUCAUCAGCGCUGAAGCGACUGCCUGGGCCAAGGAUCAUGUGGAUGGAGCGCAUACCGACAUCGAGGCAACACAUCUGUUUCAGAGGCUGCUCGAAGAAUCGUACAUAUGCCAUGCAUCAGGAGAGACUGCUCACCCUUUUAUAAAUGGGUUCUACAUCUACUACCUGAUGGAUAAGACAUUGAAAGGCGUCGAGCCGGACGACGUCGACUUGGAUGCCUAUCAGCACGAAUGGAUAGAAGUUGAACUCCUUCCACAGGCUCCACAGACCGAGGACAGCUUCGGUGACAUGGACGUGGAGCCGGACCUGAGGAAGCGCUUGCUGUUUCGCAACGUGAACAUCGACAUUGACGCUGGAGGACGCAGCGACAGACCUGAGUGGGGUCAGGCCCAGUAUCACAACAUCUUUCAGCCUGGCGAGGCCUUUGAACUGAUCGUCGAGUGGAUGGUGGCUACGGGCUACAUCAUUGCAGACCUGGUGCUGGGCUGGGCACGCAAGGCCAACAGCCAGGGCCUUCAGCUGGUUCCCAUUCCCAGCGACCCCUUUGUGCUGCCGGGGACGCUCAAGUCGGACCCUCUGAGGGGAGCCAUCUUCGUGCCCCUGCACGUCCACACACUGCCGGAGCCCGCCCCGCAGCUCCUCAAGGGGGAGGGUCUGGAGGACUUCCAGGAGUUCAUAGUGCACAGGUUUGGGUUCAUCUCCCUGAGGGACCUCCAGGCGGACGCGGAGCACAGGACUUACGUGCACACCACGGGCGGCAUGUUCGUCAUGAUGCCUCGCACGCUUAGCCUGGCAGACGCGGCCGUCUCGCCCGACACCCUGGCGGAACCGCUCUGCUGUGAAGCUGGGUUGAUGGGGCCACUUUUGGCACUGCAGGAAGAACCCACCCCCCAUCCGGUGCCCCCAAAAGUGGGGUACCUGUGGUCGUGGAACUACAUGAUUACCAAGCGGUGGAAGAACACGGCCACCAUCGACGAGCAGUUCAUGCGGACGGUGAUGCACGACUUCCGCGCCCUGUGCAGCGACCAGGAAGGCCGCCUGGCCAAGACCUUCGACACCUGGCUGGCCACCUGGGCCCCGGGCCCGCCCGUCCUGGCCCAGGACCUCUUCUCCCAGAUGGAUCACUGAGGGCCACUCCCCAUGUUCGCGUUUCUUUUGCAAGCGCUCGCGACGAGACGACGCCACACUCCAUCUCGCGAGUUGCACGCGGCGCCGUAGAAGCUGCGGGUGGGAGAGAGUUGAGAGAGACGAAUUCCGCUUUUGUACGAAUUUCCAGCGACGGUCGCUAAUCCCAGAGGGGGACAAAAGCGACGCGGGGGUUCACGAUAAUGCCUUGUCACGUGACAAUGCAAUGCACACACACUUGCGACCAACCUGAGCAGGAGGCGUCCGUCGUUAGAUUUACGACUCUCUUCGUGGUUCGAGCUGCUGCUUCUCUCGAACCUAGGAACACGCGGACUCACUGGCAAAUAUGAUACGUGGAAAUUUUUUUUUAAAUUUGAUAUGCGUCAUAAUUUUAGCGUGGGAUCGAAAUAAUUUCUACAUCUUUAGUGGCGACCGUUUCCCAUGGAUAAUACAUAAAUUCGAUCUCGCAACUGCCUUACAAACUUCGGUCUAGUUGUGCCAGGAUCGGAAGUGUUUCCAGGGCCACCCGACGGUGCCAGUCUGUCUGCUCGUCGUAAGUGUUUGCAAGCGGUUGCAAUGCAGUUGACCGCACUAAAACAAAUGUGUGAAUGAGCCUCAAUUCCGGCCCAGUAAGGCUGGCCAAAGCGGUUAGAAGUCGGCGUCUCAAGGAUGCGAGCCUGUGGAACCCUGCCGGUCGUCCCCAUCGCCUGCUGCUGAGCAAUGGCUCGCUCGUUUUCUCAACAGGGCAGAUGCCCGUGUACAUAGUGUGACAUAUGGUGCUCGUGUUUCGACAAACUGGAAUUAAAAUGUAAUGAUUUCUUUGGA